UAUGUGAAUUUGUAGGCGUUUCAUUGAUAAGCAGUUUUAUGGCAUGACUUGACAAUUCAUGUCAUGUAUGUUUACUAAUAAUAAUUUAGUGGUCUCUAGUGAAAUUCAGAUGGAGGCGUUUUUAAAAAUUGCUAAGAGUUAUUUAGGGCAUUUGAACCAGUUUAAUGGAGUUCAUGCUGUGCUGGACAGCAAGUCUUGUGACCUGACCUCAGCUACAGCCACAAUUGUAACAGCAUUUUUUCUUAACCGGAUUAAACCAGAAACAUGUCGUGUGGUGCUGCCUGUUCUUAAUGCCUUAAGGAAAGACUUGAGGCUACGAAAAGAAGUUACUUUUUUUCUAGAAGAAACUGGUAUUUCAGUUGACCUCCUUAUCUGCAAGGAUGAAAUAGAUUUAGAAAAACUUGGAAAUGAAGGAAAAUUGUUUUUGACACUGGUGGAUCAUAAUAUUUUAAGUGCAGACCAGCAGUUCUUAGAAAACUCUGUUGUACAGGUCAUUGAUCAUCACACACUUCAGGCCACGGACAGAGGAAACAGAUGUGAUACAACAAUUGGAAUGGUUGGUUCCUGUUGCACUCUUGUGGCAGAAAACUUGUUAAACACUAGUCCUGAUCUAGAUCCACAAAUUGCCAUGCUUUUAUAUGGAGCAAUCCUGUUAGACACUGUAUGUUUGUCAGAAGAGACUGGGAGAGUAACACCAAAAGAUGUACAGAUUGUAGCGAAACUUGAAACCUUUUUGGAGGGAGUGACAAGAACAGAGAUUUUUGAAGCAUUAUGGAAGAAGAAAUUUGACCUUACAGGCUUAUCAGUAGAAGAGAUAUUUAGAAUAGAUCUGGAGGUAGUUGAAGGAGACAACUGUAGAAUUGCAGUUGUAUCUGUUCCUGGCCUUUUAGAGAAUCUACAAGAAGAGUUGAAGAUGACCACUGUAUUGGAAGAGUUCUGCACACGAAACAGUUACAAUGGUAUAGUGAUUAUGACCAUUCACAUUGACGGUAAUACACACAAAAUUCAAAGACAAAUAGCUGUGUUUGCAUCAACCUUGGCUCUCAGACAGCAGCUAGUGGCCACAUUACAAUCAGCUCAAGAACCAGACUUGCAAUUAAAACCAAUACAUGUGGGAGUACCCAUUCUGCUUUCCUUCAGCCAAAAGAACACCACAGCUUCAAUGAAAACUGUAUUGCACCUUAUGAAAUCCCUAAUUCAAGAUUUAUCUGCCAGUAGCCAUUUGAGACAAGGGAAACCACCCAACUCUCAAGACUCAUCUGCACAAAACUCCUGUCCUUACACACCUCAGAACAGCUUUGUGGAUGAUACAUUUCACUUGCACAACACCAUAGUGAAACAACCAACCUUGCUUCCAAACUUUAAUAACAAAGACAUGGUUGAAAAAGUAAAGAAAAAGAGGGGAAGACUGAUGGAGUUUGAUCAAAAACUGGAAGUUUCAGAAAUGAAGGCUUUUCCUUUGGCUCCAGAAAAUAGCUUUGUUGAAUGUAGUUUUGAUUCAAAUGAACCAUGGAAAGAGUCAAGUGUUUCAUCUGGUGAGUUGUUAGCAAAAAUGCAAGACAAAGAAGCUACUUUACCUAACGUUCAACAAUUUAAUAGUGAGUUUCAGCUGAAUAAUGGUAAUGAUUCUGUAAAUAAAGUAGAAAAUGGUAAUCGGGUCUUGUCAGAGUUACUUACUGUUGGAGAUAAGAUUGAAGAUGCUCCAGAUUCGGGAUGUGCCGAUAUAUCCAGUGGUGAGGUAUCAUUUGAAGUUUCUAAAUCUCCUGGCUCCCUUGAGGAUAUUUACAAAGUGUCAGAAAACCAAAGAAAUGGAUUUGCACAUGGAGAAGACGUAUUUUCUUCGAUGCAAGUGAAGUCUUUCAAAAUGGAUGGUACAAUUGCAGCUUCGGAAAACUUUGUCAAGAAUGAGACUGGUUCUGACAGAGAGAGUGAAAAGUCAUCACUGCUUUCAGGAAAAACUUCUCCAGAUACUUGUGAUUCAGAAACGGCAAAAGACAGUGGCACAGAGAAGAAAGAAGAAAAGAAGGCUGAAGUUGUAGAAGAGUAUAGCCUGGAACUAGAACAGGAACACGAAGAGUUUGGUUUUGAUGCUAACAGCUAUCAGGCAGAAACUGUAGACUUUCCUGAGAGCCCACAACAUUUGAAACUUCUGAAGCAAAGAACUCGAGAGGCUCAGGGAUUGGGUCCAGACGAUGAUGAAUUAACAUGGAGUGAAAAUAGAAAAGGUUCAGUGCAGUCUGCUGAUGAGCAACAUUCCAGACGAGAGCGCCCAUCAAGUUUUUCAGCAGUUAGGAAGAAGAAAAUAUCGGUUCAUCCAGACAUCCUUGCCUCAGAUAACAAUGAUGAUGACCAGAGAAGCUUCUCAUCCAUCAGCAACAAAAGUGAUGCAGAUGUUAUGUCACCUGUUGAUGACUUCACCCCCGAUGAUAUCGACACCCCAGAUGAUCUAGAUGAUUCUGUUCUAGAAUAUACAGCCAGUGAACUUAUUCCUGAAUUGUCAGCUGCUGAGGAGAUGUACGAUGAACGAAGCUGGAGGACUUGUACAGUUGGUGGUGAAGAAAGAAAAAUUGAUGUCAAAGUUAUUGAACCAUAUAGGAAAGUCCUGUCUCAUGGAGGCUACUAUGGACCUAAUAAAAAUGCUAUUAUAGUAUUCAGUGCUUGUUACCUUGCUGACCGAAGUCGUAGGGAUUAUGAUUACGUAAUGGAUAAUUUAUUUUUAUAUGUUCUGUCCACAUUAGAUCAGCUGAUUGCAGAAGAUUAUGUUUUGGUGUAUCUUCAUGGUGCCACUCAGCGAAGUAAUAUGCCCAGUUUUGGCUGGCUUAAGAGAUGCUACCAAAUGAUAGAUAGAAGACUGAGGAAGAAUCUAAAGGGGUUGUAUCUUGUUCACCCGACAUUCUGGGUAAAAACUAUUGUCAUAAUGACCAAGCCAUUUAUCAGUUCCAAGUUCAGCCGGAAAUUACAAUUUGUGAACAAUCUGAAAGAGUUGUCAGAUUUAAUUCCUAUGGAUGAUGUUUGCAUUCCUGAUAAAGUCAAACAAUUUGAUGAGGAAAAAGCACUGGAAGCCUAACCCUUCCUUUAGACUAAAGGGUGGAGUUUGAAAACAUGAUUCGAGAAAAGAAGAGACAACUAAGGAAUAGAAAAGUGGGUCCUGGACCAAAUUACAAGUCUCUGUAUUAACAAAUAAUCCCCAUAACUGCAUGGAUCUGGACUUGUUUACUUCCUGCUGCUGUUAAUUCACAAAGUAGAGAAGAUUGCGUUCUCAACUGUAGAGAAAAUCUUGUAAUAAUUAACAAGUACAUGCUUAAUUACUUAGUACGAUUUUAAUACAUAUUAGAAACUGGAGAUAGUUGUUGUGAAAGAUGAGAACCAUUAAGUAUAUGUUGAGGUAAAACGAGAGGCUUUAGUAAGAGAUAAAAUAACACUUAGGAAAAGACUUGUUAGAAUAUGAUGCAUAAAUUACAAAGUGUUUUUAGAAUUAAUUAGAUUUCAUACAUAACCGUAAUGGAAGGUUUUGUCGGGUGUGUAAGUUCAAUGAAUAGCAUAAUGGUAAGUUGUGAUCCUAUCAGAGUUAUAAAACAUAAUUUUAAGAUACACAGCAGUAAUGUUUGAGAUUGUAUUAAAUGGAAAACAAGAUGAAAUUUAAAUUUUGGUUUAAAAAAGAAUUGGAUAAGUAUAUGUGCAGUAAGUAAUGACAAAAAUGUUUUAAAAUGAGAGUUUUUGUAUAAUAAAGUGAAAUAUAUUUCAUUGUCAGGUAUUUUAUUCACAAAAUACAAAGCAAGUUACAGUUUAUUGUAUUCAUCAUUUAUUGAACCCGGAAUUAACCAUUUUCCAAACAAUGUAAUAAUAUUCAGUCUCAGAACAUAGGUUUUGAGUACAACACACAUAAAUCUUGGUAUUUUCAGAUUUUGAAAACUUGGAAUUUACUUUAAAUGUUUGAAACUUUGUGGAUACGAGUAGAAGAUGGGUUGGUGGCAGGUUGAAAUAAUAAUUAAUCAUAGCCUUUCUCUGUGAAAUGAGUUGAAAUUUUUAGUUUUAUAAUGCAGCACUUUCAGUGCAAGCUAAAAUUCAUAUUGUUAACCAUUAACGACUUGCAUGUUCAGUAAAUUGUGAAGUAACUUACAAAGUCACUUUAAAAACAAUAUUAUCUGGGCUUUUAAUUAUAUUCUUUUAUAGGCCUAGGUAUCAUACCCAAGACCUCAAAUCUUUUUGUUACUCCCCCUCAUAGUAAUUUGUUAAACUUAGUAUGGAUUUUAGAGAACCUGUAGUAACAUAUUUAUAAUAUAGUGAAUAUAUUCCCAGGGAUGAACAUCUGUACUCACAUCAGCCAGUGCUAUUUCAACACUUUCAGAAAAAUGAGAGAAGUAUUCCGAAAUAAUCUUAGUGUUCGUUUUGGGUGCAUAUUUUUCAUCUAGUGAAAUAAUCUAGUAAUUUUAUGAAAGACAGCAGUUAACUGAGGAAAAGAUAUAUUGUUAUAAUCUAUACAUUGUUUUCAAUUGUGCGUUAAUUAAUGAUUCAUGUCUAUAAAUACCUAAAUAAUAAACCAUACAUAAGAAGUCCAGAGAAGAGGGUAAUGUUCUACGAAAGUGUCCUGGACCGAAAAUGAUUCUGUGAUAAACACUGUAUUAUGCCGACUGAAUAAUGUUAUUCACUCUUCUUAACUGAGCAAUAUAGCUUGCAAAGAAAAAAUUAGAUAAUCCCCACUGAAAUAAAUAAAUCCAGAGGAUAGUGGUAACAUAAUUUUCUAGGUUUUUUUUUUUCCUAGACCUUUGAAAAAGUUGUACAUUAUAAAAUAAGCAUACUUUUUGGUUCAUUUUGUAGACUUGUUUACUUUUAGGUAUUGUGUUGUCAGAAUUUAUCAUUAUGGUAAGUGUAGUGUUUAAAAUAAUCAUGACAGCAAAGGAGGUUAUUUAGAUCUUCACAAAUUAAAUAUAGGUAUUAGCAUUUUAAGAGUUUUGUAAUAUGCAAUGACAAUUAUCACCAGUUUAAAAAUUUGGGUUAUAACCCACGGUUCCUCACAGUUACUGUUAUCAAGUAUGAAUUUAAUUUAAUACAGGGUACAAUUAAAAUUUAGUAAGUUACAAUUCUAAUUACAGAAAUACAAGUAAAUGUUAAUUCCUGAACCUUAUACGUAAUAUAAUUCGAUAAGUGAAACAUGAAAUAGUAAAAAUGCAUUCAUCAUUUCGUUCCUAGAGCCAUGUUACUAGCGAGUAUAACACUGUGGUUUUCAAGUACCAUUUGGAGUUGUUGUGAUUGUUUUCUAACAAAUUACAACAUACAUGAAUAUAGUAUAGGCAAGCUCUGUGUCACACUUAUGUAAAAGUAAUGACUUUUCAUUUUGUAUCCAAUUCAAAGAACUGAGGCUUAUUAUUGUGAAAAAAACUGAAGGAACAGUGUGGCCUUAAUAUUUUUCAAAAGGUUUUCCUUUUAUGAUAGAUUGCAUGUUAUUAUUACUAUUAUUCUCUUUUCGCUUUGUUUGCAAAGCGAAAAAAAAGAAAGAACAAAAAACAAAACUGCCCUUGUUUCCCGUUUUAAGAUGAGCCAACAAAACUGAUGUAUUUUGUGAAUGAAAUGUGAUGUGACAAUAUGUAAAUAUAAACAUUGAUCUAAGAGAGUUGGUGUUUAAUAUUACAUCUCCCUUUUACCUAAAGAGAAAACACGUUUUUAAAUUGAUUAAUGUUCAGAAACAAUGUAAUGUAUAGGUACUUGUGUAUUAUAAAUCCAAAUGAUAAGAAUAUACUUUAGUUUAAAUGCCCAAGAAAACUUGAUUGUGUAUACACAAUAUUCAAUGUAAAAAAAACCUGUUAUUACUCUGAAUAUUUGUAUGUCUUAGUCAUUGUGUUCACUGAUAAAAAAACAAUAUAAAAUAUCGUGCUGCUUUCUUGAUUCUUAAAGCUGCGACUUGGUAGCACAGUAGAAAUUGCAACAAAAUAUGUACAUUAAUCCAUAGGGAUAUCUGUUUUAACCCUAGUCAUUUGAUUUUGAGCAAAUGCUGUGUAGCGUUUAACCUGUAGCAACAUAAAUGUGUUAAUAUAUUAAAGAAAUGGUUCUUUUUUUUUGUACAGGA